AUGUUCCUUAGCAACAGAAGGUCGCGCCAGGAUUCCGUAGUUUACACUUACUCACAACCGUUGAUUACAUACAUCGUGAAAAUGUGUGGAUUAGAUUCAUUCUUAAUUUUGAAUUAUUUCAAAUAGUUGAAUUAUUUCAUACAGUUAAACAACUUGUGGAGAAAUGUUUGAAUCGACAUUAAUUAAAUCAUUUUUUUAUUUUCUUAUUCUACUGCGUGUUAGUUAUUAUCAGACAGAAUCGACAACCGGAAGUUGUGAUUCUCCAUUGACAAAUGAUCUCCGGGACAACCAGUUUUCGGCAUCUUCUGAAUAUGACGUCACGCAUAAUGCAAGUGCGGCGAGAAACGGUGGUGCUGGGUGGAUUGCUGGCACAAAACAGUUCCAGUACCUGAAAAUAGAUCUCGAGGAUGUUUGGGAAAUAACAAAAAUCACAGUCGAAGACAGCGAUAAUGGUUGGUACUCGAGGACAUUCAGGAUAUCGUACAGUACUGAUGGUUAUAUAUGGAUGCCAUAUAAAAUACGGUUAUCAGAUGAUGUGCUCGGAGAUUUGAUUGAAAGACAAGGACAAUCUACAACAACGGAUCUUGAUCCUUCCAUAAAGGCCCGAUAUUUGACGUUCAGCCCAGUAUUAUAUUACAAUUGGAUGUAUCCUUCACUGCUGAUAGAGUUAUUUGGAUGUCAGCACUCAAACGCACCAGAUGUGGAUGUCACUUCCGUCGGAAAGAGUAUUGACGUGGAUACCACAUGGAUUCCAAGUCAAAGUCCAAUUAUUGUCAAUGAUAUGAUAGUUGUACGACCAGCGGCCACAUUAACGAUACAAGCAGGUGUAUCUGUUGUCUUCUUGUCAGAGAAUUCUGGAAUUGAAGUUUGGGGAACUUUCAUUUCAAACGGAAUACCUGGACUUAAUGUAUUGUUGAGCUCCGAAUAUCCGGCUUUGUCGGCUCAUUCACGAUGGAUUGGCAUUACACAAAAUACAGGAGGGAAUGUUACCAUUUCUAACACAAUAAUUCGGCAGGCAUUUAAAGGUGUUCAAGGAAAUGGAUCCCGAGUAAGAAUAUCUUAUUCAGAGAUAUACUCUUGUGCUAGCGGUAUUCGAUUAAUUGGUGGACUACCUGAUAGUGUUACAGAUGACGAGACAGAAAUAAACAAUCAUCAUAUGCUGUUUCACGUAAAUACCCACAACAAUAUAGAUGGUCUUCAAGUUAUCGGUACAAGUCAGCAGCCAAAUAUUUAUAUUGGCUUUUCACAGUUUAAUUCUAAUUUUGAAAACGGUAUAUCUGUAGUAAAUUGGGAUACAGGUGAGAACGACAUACCCUCACACUUAAUAAUAAUCAACAGCUCGUUCGCCAAAAAUCUAAAACAUGGGAUACGAUGUAAAGGCCAGUCGAUGGUCAGAUUUAGCAUAAGAAGAUCUAUAUUUUACAAAAAUUCAGACUCUGGAUUAUAUUUUUACCGAUCUGUACCAUAUCAAUUUACCGGUUACAUACAUAUUUCUGAUUCAGUAUUUAUGGAAACUAAAACUGGAAUCAAUGCGGAGAUAUACUGUUAUUAUAGAAGAUGCACUACAGAUAAGCACGUCCAGCUUAUAUUUGUAAAUAACGUCUUUAAAAAACUUAAAUAUGCAAUAGUUAUACAAUACGAUAUGUAUUAUAUGUCAAACGAAACAGAUAUCAAAAUAGAAAAUAAUACGUUUGUGACAAAUUCACAUGAUAUUCGUGCUUCAUUUAAAACGGAAGGACCUGUUCGGGGUUAUCUGGAAAGUAACAUAUUUCAAGAGUCGCGUUUUCCAAUUUAUAUGAAAAGUGAAACUUUGAAAAAUAACGUAUCCAUUCGAGAAAAUAAAUUUAAAACCUGCUUAUCAAAAUAUGUAGAGGAUAAAUUUAUAGAUAUAAUCGACAUAUCGGCACACAUUUUUAACAACAGUUUUGAACAUUGCCGUUUAUCUACCGGGAUCUCUCUGAAUCAUGGUACUGGACAUUCAUUUGCUUUUAAUUCCAUUAUCAAUACAACUGUGUCAGCUUGCUAUAUAUCAAUAGGUCAAUCCUAUAUUGACAAUGAGGCGUUGAAUUUAGAUUACAACUACUGGGGUACAACGAAUAUUGAGCAAGUCAAAGAUAAAAUAUGUGAUUUUUUUCUUGAUUCCACUAAAGCCAUAACCAAGCUUGAUAUCUAUUUCACAAAUGAAGCGAUGGAAACUACCAGUGACAGUUAUGAUGUUAACGCAUACCGUUCUCUGACAGAUAUUACAAAUAAUAUUACAUAUAUCGGCGGCAUAAUGGACAGCAGUGUGGAUCUGAGUGAAUUUAACGGACAGGAAUUCGUUGUAAACAGGAGUUUAAUUGUUCUUAAAGAUGUCGAGGCUACUUUUGCCGAUGUCAGAAUAACUAUUAAAAGACACAGAGGCAUCAAAGUGUAUGGUACUCUGACAAUCGGGAAGCUGAAUGACGAAUUAAGUAACACAGAACUUACGUUAGAUGGAAAAAUGAGCAGUAGAAAUUACUGGAAUGGUAUAAGUUUAAUAUCAGGAGACGUAAAUGUGUACAGUGUGAUGCUUCAUGGAAUGAACAGAUUCCUGCAGGUAGGAGGCGCUGAUUCAAUGAUUGUCAUCAGUAAUUGUUCUGCGAUUGCUGGGAACAUUAAAAACUUUAUAGACGGUGAAACAACAAACGGAACGUUUUCGUUAAUUAUAGAGGACAGUAACAUAACCGCUUCUAGACCACUACAGCUUACUGCAAUGAAUGGCCAUGUUAACAUCACUAUUACAGGGAGUAGUAUACAUAGCGAGGAUUAUGAAAUAAUUAAAGUAAAAGAGUCAGAAUCAAGUGAAAAUGUAAUAUUAACACAUUUAUAUAUUUCACAAAGUUCAUUUUCUUCGACGAGUAGUUGGGUUUGGGGUUUAAACUUCGAAAGCUGUUCAAGUCACCUUAAAGCUGUAAUAAAAGAUUCAAUGUUCUCAUCAACUCAUUACUCAUAUCGGCAAAGUAUAUUUAAUUACUUAUCUAUGGAAUUUACUGCCAUAAAUAAUACAUUUGGUAAUGCUAAGGUAUUUCUAGAAUUUGCUUUUUGUGGAAAAUCUCCAGCAAACUUUACCAAAGAAAUUAAUGUAAUUGGAAACAAUUUUAAGAGAUCUUUGAAGGAUGGAACUGACAUAGUUAUAGACCAACCCAGUGUCAAACAACAAAGUCACACGUUUAAUAUCGUUAAUAACAAUUUUGACGGCCAGCAAGCGAUCUCGAGGCACGGUAUAAAGUGUAAUAGCUGGAGAAGGGAAAGUCUGCAUUUAAUAAACAUAGAAUCUAAUACAUUUCAAAACUAUGACACUAUUGCAGUUGAUUUAAAUUGUAAACACCAAACUGUCAUGAUAAAAAACAAUAGGUUCGUAUCAAAUCAGCAGUGUAUAGCAAUCAAAUACGGAGUAAUAGAAGGUAUUCAUGUCUCUGGAAAUACGUUUGUAAAUAAUACAAAUCAAGCUGGAAUAAUAUUUCUAGGCUCCGGUGAAUUGGGGUAUCUGACUUGCAAUAUAACGGAAAACAUAUUUGUUGACAACAACGGAACUGUUAUAGCAUUGGGGUGGCAGAAUACAAGACUAAAGUACAAUUUUUUUGAAAAUAAAUAUGCAUUUUAUAAUGUGAAGGUACUUCCAAUGGAUUUUGAUGACUCUGAAAAGAGUAUAGAUGCUACGCUGAACUUUUGGGGCGUGUCAGACUCGAGAGAAAUAUCUAAAGGAAUUUAUGAUAACAAUUUUGAUAACCAACUGUUAACUGUUCUGUAUAGACCAUAUUUGGCAUCAAAAAAUAUAUCUGAUAUACAAAACUUAGAAACGGGAUUUAUUUCGGAAAAUGGUGAAAUCGGAGGGAAAGUUGGAGGAAAUGUAACACUUAACGUGAAUGAUACUCCAUAUUUAGUAGUAGCCAAUAUCUUUGUGGAAGAACAAGACAUACUGACUAUACAGGCUGGAGUUACACUAAACAUCAGACAAGGUGUCGGUAUCUAUGUGAAAGGGAGAUUGAAUGUUGUCGGAAAUUUAGAACAUCCAGUUCUGUUCUUGCCUGAGGAUAAAUCCCUGCCAUGGAGAGGUAUUGAAAUAGAAUCAUCACAAGGUUGUCUGAUCUCUAAUCUCGUUGUCAACGAAACCGAGCAAGGAAUAACAAUUACACAUCCUCAUUUUGAUGUAUCAAAUUUAACUUCGAUGUUUUCACACACAUCUGGAUUAACUCUUAUUCUCCCAAAGAAUCAGGAAAACGAAACCUCAAUCAAUUUCUCUCAUUUGAAUCUGGAACACAAUACGGAAAAUGGAUUAGUUAUAACUGUGUCUAAAGAUGAAUAUAUUGUUUCUCGGUAUAAGGAAAACAUUAAUUUGUUUAUACAGAACAGCAUUAUCUCUCGAAAUAAAAUAAACGGAAUAGAAAUGUUCUCCUUUUUUCGGAUAGAAAUACAUAACUGUGAUAUAUCCGAAAAUAGUGAAAGUGGUAUAGACUUUUCACAACGCAGCGGAAUGAUACAUAUAAUCAAUUCAUUUAUCACAUCAAAUGUAAAGUUUGCUAUAAAAGGAGAAAUUGCAGCUGGAAUAAUAAUAGAUUCCUGUGAAAUUAAAAAUCAUACAUAUGAGUAUUUUAAUUACUGGGGCACACGCUACACUAAUGGAUUUAUAGAGUUAAAGAGAUAUUAUACGUAUUCAAACAUAACUAACAACAUUUUUAUCCGAAAUAACCGUUUUGAAGCUAACACGGCGGACGGGAUCACAAUUUCAAACAAAGAUGGCCCAAAAGGGAUUUUAGAAGUUCAUUUUGACAACAAUAUUUUCACUCUUGGUCGUCGUCCUGUUGUAUGUGAAGCUUAUUCAUAUUCAAAUUGGAAGUUGCUUUUUAAACUGUUCUUUCGAAACAAUACCUUAGAUAAAAAUACACUUCUGUACGAAAAUUUCUUCAUGGAUCUAUUAGUUAGUGACAGCACUUCUUAUCAUAUAGAACUGAAAGAUAACUUUGUUUCCAGUAAUCAAGCAGACUCUUUUCUAGCUUUCUAUAACAACAAAAUAAAUGGUGCGAUAGAAAUAACUGGUAAUACAUUCCAGGAAAAUAAUUUUACAUCCUCUCUGAUAUAUAGUGGAGGUAGAAAUUCCUUACAGCUCCAUCAAAAUGUUUUUGAAUCAUCAAACUCAUAUAGUUGUGUAGUUGAAAUGCCGAAUUUUAUAAAUGAUUUUGAGGCCAAUGCUACCUAUAACUAUUGGGGCACACACUUAGCCCAGGACGUUGUUAACAAAGGUUGCGGAUUUGAAGCAAAUAUGAACAAGAGUUUUGUUUGGAUGUUUCCAUAUUAUGAAGAUAAAGAGUUGACAUUGUUGUCUGGGUCAGGAUUUAAUGUGAGUGGUAUAAUUGGUGGUGAGGUAACAAAAGACACAAUAAUAUCUGGGAGAGAAUAUAACUCAACAGUUCGGAUUCAUAGAUCUAUAUUUAUACGGGAAGGUGUGAAGCUUACCAUCGAAGAGGGUGUUUCGCUUAUAUUUGCGCCGAAGAGAGGAAUAUACGUACAAGGUUCUCUAGCCAUCAAUGGACACAACCUGGCUGUCGUGUUAGAUUCUCAUGAGGUUGACUCCCCUUGGCAUGGCAUUGUUGUCAAUAUUUCUUCACAUGAUAGAACUGGAAAAGUACAAAUUAUUGGCGCUAAAAUCCAGAACACGCUGUAUGGUAUUGUGUCAUACACACCUAGUGUUGAAAUUAAACGAGCUGUAAUAACAAAUUCUUCAAAGAAUUGUCUGACAUUGUCUGAAGCGAAUACACACUCAGUCUAUGACUUUGUUAAUACAAUAUUUAAAUCAUGUGGGGAAAAUGGUAUACAAAUAAAAGGAGUUGGAGCGUACAAUAUUUCGAAUGCCCAUGUUCAUGAUUCUUUAAUUGGUAUAGAAAGUGGUAUGUUUUCUGGUUCGUUCGAAGUACAAUCGUGCGUUAUAACAAGUUGUUCCGUCGGUAUUUCUGUUGAAUCACAAGUUUAUGGCAUCAACAACAGCAUCAGUAUCAUAAAAAAUCGGUUCACUCAAAUUUCAUCUAAAGCGAUUGUUUUGAAAUUUGAGAACAGUAAUCGGUUAAUCUACGAUACAGAUAGAAAAAUAAAAGUCGAUUUAAACACAUUCAAGGAUGUUUGUGGGAUUGUUAUCCAGACAUGGAACCACGUGAUGUCAUCGUUCCGUGACAAUGAUUUACUUGAUUCAAGAUGUAUAAGUCAAACUGACUGUUUUAUGGAAGUAUUAUCAAACGGAAGUUCAACCUUUGAUCAUCUCCGAUUAUUUGAUAUAGCUUUAAAUCGUUUUGAAAAUAUAAGUGCGAAAUGUGUUAUACAACUUGAAGACAACAAGGAAGUCGAUUUACAAAACGUAUUUACAUAUAACACAGUAAGAGAUAACAAGGGAAGGGAUGGUGUUUUACUGGUGAAUUGCAAAUCCUUCAAUAUAUCGGGAAAUGUUUUAGAUAAUCCUGAUUCUGUAUUUGAUAUAAUCACAAAAACAAAAGGAACAUAUUCUGUUAAUGUUACGAAGAACUGGUGGGGUAGUGUAGAUAUAAGUCACGUAUAUAGUCGAAUUUUUGACAAGAGACGUAUUCCGGAUUUAAUACGUUUUGAAAUUGAACCUGUUUUACUUUCAAGCUUUUUUGAUUGUGAAAACGUAAAUAACUGCAGCUCACAUGGAGAAUGUGUCAGUCCAAAUCGAUGCCGCUGCUCAUCUGGAUGGGCAGGUGAAUCGUGUGAGGGUUUUGUUUGCAUCGAUAUCCAUAAUUGUUAUGCUAAUGGUGAGUGCACCGGUCCAAACACGUGCUCUUGUUAUGAUGGUUGGAAUGGAGAGUAUUGUAUUACAGCAUCAUGCAGCCAAGUGAAUAAUUGUAGCGGACAUGGAUUUUGUUCUAAACCAAAUACUUGUACAUGUGCAGCAAGAUAUACCGGAAGUGAUUGUAGUUUCUGUAAACCUAAUUUUGGGGGACCAUCUUGUCAGCCGUGUCCAGAGUGCAAACACGGGGCUUGCAGUUCUCAAACGGGACUAUGUGAAUGUGAAAACAGUAACUGGGCUGGUUACCUCUGUGAUCGAUGUAAUGAUACUUUCUAUGGACCAGAUUGUUUACCUUUAAUGAAAGUGUUGGAAAUAGUUCCUAGCAGAGGUCAAGAAAAGGGUGGAACGGAUGUUCACGUAUGGGGGCAUAACUUCCCUGAAACAGUGGACGGUUCUUACAACUGUCGUUUUGGAAAAACACAGAGCGUUGGGAAAUGGUUAGCAAGAAAUCACGUUGUGUGUAUUGCUCCUAGGCUUCCAGAAGGGGAGGUUACUCUUGAAAUAUCUCCAAACGGGACUGAAUUUACAAAUGACCAUCUGACAUAUUAUUAUUACUCGACUUGUCCUCCUGCGUUCUGUGGGCGAGAUAUAAACCCACCACGUGGGCAGUGUGUAUUUGGGUCUUGCUCAUGCUACCUGCCUUGGAAGGGAGACAACUGCACAGUCAAGAUACUACCGUUGCUUAUUAAAGACGUACCACAUCUACAAACUGUCAACGAAUCGCAACUUUACAGUCUGCAACUCGAAGUGGAACAGGGAGACAUUCCAGUGCGUUGGUUUCUUUCCAAAGGUCCUCUCGGAGUAACAAUAGACGAAACGACAGGACUGCUACGAUGGCCAAACACAAAAGCCAAUAUUCGCCCAUAUCACAUUGAAGUAAAAGCCUCAAAUAUCAUAAGUGAAGUUACUGUGGCAUGGUCCCUUACGGUUCUUUUAUCAUACACUGUGACCGUUGAGUACAUAGAUCCCAGUGCCGCAAUCUUUCCAGUUCCUCGGACAGUCAACAUUGUUGGUAAAGUGGAAUUUGUCCAGAAAAACUCUUCACGUACUGUUCCUGUUAAAGUAAUCGUGUUCAGUCAGAAAACAAAACGUGAAACUGUGAUUAAUGUAGAAUCCAGCAGUAUCUCGCCAGACACAUUUACAGCCAUGUAUUAUCCUAGACCAGACGAUGCUGGACUUUUCUCAGUGGUAACUAAACAAAUCUCUCAUAUUUCUUUCAAAAAUAACUUUUGA